AUGUUCAUGGUUCACUGUGCAGGCAGCGUGAAGUACCCGGUGACAGUAGCUGUUGAUGACAGGACAGAGGCUUCUAUGUUGUCUGAUAUGACAAGUGCAGCAGCGACAAGCCACGCCGUCAACGGGUUUAAGGGGCCAUCGCCUCUCAUCAAUGUUCCGGGAUUCGACAUAGUUUGGAGUUUUCGGCCCGAUUAUAUGCACUGUGUCCUCCUUGGUGUUGUGCGUCAGGUCACCGAAAUCUGGUUCUCGAACGUCGGCGAGGACCAUUACAUAGGGGCCCCUAGGACUUUGGCUGUGGUGGACCAGCGGCUCCAAGGUCAGAGGCCGCACCUGUGCUUCAAUCGUCCACCACGGUCGAUUAAGCUAAGGAAGUAUUGGAAGGCGUCAGAAUGGGAGGCAUGGCUGCUUUAUUACUGCCUGCCGUGCCUGAGGGAUAUCCUUCCAGAAGAGCUUCUCGAGCAUUUUGCGCUCCUUGUUUCUGGACUUUACCUCUUGCUGCAGAACCAUGUCACGCUGGAAGACGUCGAUACAAGCACUACCAAGAUCACAAAGUUUGUCGUGCUGAUGCAAUAUCAUUUUGGAGAAGCACAGAUGACAUCCAACGUUCACACGUUGCUGCACCUGCCAAAAAGUGUAUUGCUGCACGGCCCACUCUGGUCACUAUCGUGCUUCGAGUUUGAGAACAACAUGGGGCACCUGCUCAAGCUGGUGUCCUCUUCGAAUGGAAUUCCGUUCCAAAUCCUAUCCCGCAUUCUGUUGAGGAACAACUAUCAUCAGUUGCGAUCCAUGGCGUCCGAAGAGGUGAGGAAGCAGUGCUCCCAAAAAAUGCCUGACAGGGAAACAGAGAUCAGGCUACUUGGGAAACCUCAACCAGCCUCUCAAGACGUGACAGACUUUGUACUGGAGCACCUGACAGGAGUGGACAAAAUCGAGGAGUACCAUCGUGUGUCUGUGGGUGGAUGCACCAUCCACAGUGAACAGUACAAGCCUCUAUCGAAACGGGACUCCACUGGUAUAAAGCUAGGAGACGUCUAUGCGAAGGUGGCGAAUAUAGUGCGUGUUUGCAUGUUUGGUGGGAGCUUGGAGCUUUUCGUUAUCUCCCAUGUGUACCAGGUCGAAGCAAUGGGAGAGGUCGAUCACCUAAAAGUCGCACACAAGACUGCUCAGAAGAGCUUGCAUCCACUGUCCCAAGCCGUUCGCCCAUGCAUGUACCUGCAGAUUGAUGACACAGAGAUUUUUGCAGAAUUGUGCAACCGCUAUGGUUCAUUUUAA